AUGGUAAUGGAUACGCUGGCUUUGCGGGUCAAUCUGACCAGGACUUCCAUUUUACUUCUUAAUUUCCGUGGACGACUGUCAGUUUCUGCUCAAGCUGCAAGCACAGGGUCUCAGGCGGUUUCUGGCUCGCGGGACGGAAGUUCCGCGAGUGAGACGUGGGAGGCGCGGCUGAGCCGCGGAACGGCGGAACUCGACGCGCUGCUGGCGGAAGGCAAGGAGGAGCAGGCGCUUGCGCUCGUGAAGCGGCUCGCUGGAAGAACGGGUGAAUUCAGUGAAUCCAAUGAACCUAGGAGGUCGAACGAGGCUGUGGACGGUGCAGGCCCGCAAGAUGCGGACGGGAAGGUUCUGAGAGCCUUCGGUGCAGCUAGACAGGUUCCCCGGCGGUCAUACUCGAUAGAGGAGCUGAAGCUACACUACAUUGACCCUGCUCGCAUGCUGGCGCCUAGAGACACCACGCUAACAGGCGUGAGGCAGGCAGGCCAGCUGGCGCUGCUGGCAGGGCUGGUUGCCACGUGGUGGGGCGAACACCUGGACCAAUGGCAGCUGCUGGGGCUGGUCAUCGGGUUACUGUUCAUCGGCACUUUCGACCAGAUAUCAACUGGUGGAGGUGGCGAGGCCCUAUUGGUGGACACGUUGGGGAACUUGCUGAAACCCACCUAUCGCCGACGAGUUGCUCUGCACGAGGCAGGGCAUUUCCUCAUCUCCUACCUGGUGGGCAUCCCUCCACGCGGCUUCACUCUUUCCAGCCUGGACGCCUAUCGGCGGUACGGGGCUCUCAACGUGCAGGCUGGCACCACCUUUUUGGAUCUGGACUUUCAGAAGCAGACAAGGACACGGCAAAUCAAAUCCGAUAUGCUGGAUGCUGUUUCUUGUGUGGCACUGGCUGGAGUUUGCGCCGAAUACCUGCAAUUCGGGGUUGCUGAAGGUGGCAUUUCUGACAUUCAACAGUUGGAUUUUCUGUACAAGUCCCUGGGAUUUACACAGAGCAAGUCGGACGAUGUGGUGCGGUGGGCAGUAUUGAACGUGGCAACCAUACUGCAGCGCCACAAAGAGAUGUUUGAAGGAGAGUAUUUGAACUUUCUGUAUAAGUCGCUGGGAUUUACACAGCAAAAGUCGGACGAUGUGGUGCGGUGGGCACCCUUCUUGCGCAGUCUAGCCGCGCCGAUUUCUGACCCGCUUCAAGCUGCUCCGUUUUCCGCUUCUGGCGGCGGUAGCGGCGAGGGGGGGGGAGAUGCGUGGGCGCGCGCGUUCUUUCCGCCGCGCGUGGUGCAGGUCCUAGACGUGCUGGCGCAGGAAAGCGCGGGAGAUCGGCGCGCGGUAGUCGUGGAUAAGUGGAGAAAGGAUGGGGGGAAGGAUGGGGGGAGCGAUGGGGGGAGGGAUGGGGGAAGGGAUCGGGGGAGCGCGCGGGUGGCGCAACGGCUGGAGCGCCUGGGGCUGACGCUGACGGGGAGGGACGUGUCGACGGUGCUGCGCGAAACGGGAGACUGGCGCAUGGCCGUGGCGUUCUUCGAUUGGGCUAGGGAACAGGAGUCCUUUCGCCCAAGCACGUACGUCUAUAAUCUGGUGCUGGCGGCGCUGGGGAAGGGGCGGCAGUGGGGGCGAAUGAAGGAGCUUCUAACGGAGAUGACUCAAACGGGCGUGGAGCUGGAUAACGUCACUUACUCCACCAUUAUCAGCUCUGCCACACGGGCGGACCAACAUGAGCUGGUUCUAACGUGGCUGCAGCAGAUGGCCGAAAGUGAGUGCAUGCCCGAUCAAGUGUCAUAUGCAACCGUGAUGCACGCCCUGGGGCGCGCAGGCAGGCCGGGCGACGCGGUGAGACUCUUUGAGCGCAUGAGAGCGACUGGGUGGCGCCCUGAUGCUGUCACCUACGCCACCAUCAUCACCGCUUUUGGAGAGGCUGGGGGCCCGCAGGAGGCGUAUGAGCUGUGGACGGAGAUGAAAAGGGUGGAUGAGAAGAUGGGGGGGAGAGGGGGUGAAGUGUGGAAGAGAGGUGGGGGAGAGAGUGGUGGGGAAGAGGAGGGGGUUGGGGAGGUGCCCGGAAAAGAUUCCGACAAAGUGGACAAGGAAAUGAGCACUGAAAGGGUGAGGACUGAUGCCCCUGUGCGGGCAUUGCAAGGGAUGGUAGCUGCGAGGAAGCUUCUCCUGGGCUGCUUGAAAGAGGUUGACCCGCGCAUUCAUGAGCUGGUGGUGGUGGGGUUGGGGGAGGCACUAGAGAAGGAGGUAAAGGAGGAGGAAGGGGAGAGAGUGGCAGGAGCAGCAACAGGGAGCAGCGACCGCACCGUGGCAGCUGUUCACCCCAGGGACCAGAAACCCCUCUGCAACAACCUUCUCUCCCUGCUCUUCCUCUUCAACCGCCGGGACCCCGCCGUCGCCGUUCUUAAAGCCAUGGUCAGCACGCGUCAGAUCGCCCGGCUGUUCUCGCGCGAUUGGCCGCGCUGGACGCUGCAUCUCUCGGGAUUGUCCUAUCACGGCGCACAGGUGGCGCUACGGUAUUGGCUGGAGCUGGUCGCAGGGGCGGUGGAGGCGGGAAAGCGGUUACCGCGCGAGAUGGAAAUAGAGGUUGGAGUGGGGAGGUCGAGGAAGAGGCAUUUGAGAGGUGCGGUGGUUCCGGAGCUGGCUAGGCUCGGGUCGCCGUUCCAGAGCGACGAGGAUCGGCCAAGGCUGUUGGUGGCGAAGGGUGCUGAGCGUCUACUCAUCAUGGUAGCACCUCAUUCAACCCCUUCACUUUUCCUCUUGCCACUGCUUUUGCCCCUUGCACAGCCGUCCGACCCUGCCGCGGUGCUUGCUUCGGCAGGCGUUCCGGACCACAUCGCGAGCAUCGGUCGCCAGGGCACGGGGUCGAGCCUCACCGAGUCUAGUCGCGACGACAGCGAGUCGCAGUACUCUGAAACCACUUCGCAGUCGCACACGGAUUCGCGAGCUUCGCCAUUGUCGUCGACUUACAAUUCGGAUCCAGCUCCAAUCUCGACGACCACCUCUUAUACCGCGCACGCGCAAUCUGGUGCAGGCUACCCCGGGUACAUCUCAUCUGGAUACACUCCAUACUCCGCUUAUACACCAUCUGGCUACACUACCCAAUCCGGCUACACUCCAUCGGCUUAUACCCCCGGACCUCAAUCAUCAGCCUACACCCAGUCAGCAGCGUACACUCCAGCCGCGUACACUCCAUCUCCGUACGCUUCGGGCUACACCCCAUUCUCGACAUACACCACGUCGGCGUACACACCCUCCGCAUACAGCCUUCAAACGGGUGAAACAACAGUGCCGCCUUCUGAAGGCGAAUUAAGCAGGGUUUCUACUGCAACGGAUGGAGACUCGACGAGUACAAGCACAAACGGGGAAGCACAAUCGGGUACAGCACCGUCUACAGUACAGUCAGCCUACACUCCUCCGUCUACAGUACAAACAGGUGGUACUGGUCCUUUAACAGCCAGCACUGUACCCAUGUAUCCGCGCUCCUCAUCAGUAACGAGUUCUGCUGUGACGGGUACUGAUGCUGAAGCCACGUCAUCCUCUUCAUUCUAUACCGAGUUCGCUCCAGGUGCUGCCACUGCCGCAUAUGCUGCCACUUAUGCCGCCCGUGCUGCCGCCCAGGCUGCUGCCCAGGCUGCUGCCCAAGGGGCAGCUCAGGAUCUUACUCCAGGUGCUGCAACUGCCGCUUAUGCCGCCCGCGCUGCCGCCCAGGCUGCCGCCCAAGGGUACAUGCCAGCCCAUGCGUAUCAAGCAGUAGCAGCAACAACAGGAGCAGGAGCAGGAGCAGGAGCAGCAGGAGGAGAAGGAGAAGCAGCAGGAGCAGGAGGAGACGGAGGUAUGGCGUCAGGCGCACACCAGCCGACAGGCAGCUUCAGCUUCCCCCAGUCCGCCUCUGUUUCAGAAUCCGAAGCAACCGCCACAGGCUCGGAGGUGUCAGGUUCGGUUUACGGCAUGCAGUCUGGGUCAACAAUGCACAGUCCUGUACCCUAUAUGAGCAGCGCCGCCCAGUCUGUAGAGGGUGCUUCGUACACCACCCAAGCUAUCACCGGCAGCCCGAUGCAUGGCAUGAGCAUGGGUAGUCCCAUGUAUCUUAUGGGUAGCCCCAUGCACCCCAUGGCUAGUUCCAUGCAACCCUCGGGAACCCCUGUGUAUCCCACUGGUAGUCCUUUGCACCCCAUGGCUGGCAGUACUGGCGCAGAGCACAUGGGAAUGGUGUACACAUCAGCGGAGGGGUUUGGUUAUGUAUUGCCGCAUUCAUACACUCAGUAUGAUCCUGCUGGCAUGAUGGACCCGGGACAACCAAUGGGCGUUGAGAGUCAGGAUGGAGCUACAUCUGGGGGCGUGCCUGCUACAGGAGAUGGUGCUGUGGAAGGCUCUAGUCAGGCUGAUUUAUCAGAGUCUGAAUAUUCCAUUCAAGAUACUUACGAUGAUUAG